UAUGGAGACCCCGCGGGGCCGCUGCUCCUUUUGCUGACCGUCUCCCGGGUGUCCGUCCGGCUGCCGCCAGGAUGAGCUGUUCCCCCGCCUCUGGCUCGGCGCCUCCGCCGUGCCGCCUGGCCCAUUACUUCGUGGUCUGCGGGACGGACGCGGAUAGCGGGCUGGAGCCUGACGAGCUGGCCGUUUUGUGCCAGUGGCUUGACGCAGACCGACAUGGCAGAAGCCACGACUCAGGCGAAAACUUUGAUCAGAGCCCGCUGAGACGGACGUUCAAAUCCAAGGUGCUGGCGCAUUAUCCGCAGAAUGUGGAGUGGAACCCGUUCGACCAGGACGCCGUGAACAUGCUGUGCAUGCCCAAGGGCUUGUCGUUCAGGACGCAAGCUGACAACCGGGACCCUCAGUUCCAUUCGUUCAUCAUAACGAGGGAGGACGGCUCGCGCACGUACGGCUUCGUCCUCACUUUUUACGAGGAGGUCACGAGCAAGCAGAUCUGCAGCGCCAUGCAGACCCUGUAUCACAUGCACAACGCCGAGCAGUCCAACGGCGUCUACGCGUCGUCCUCGUGCAGCAUGGACUCCUUGGCGAGCAGCGUCGACGACGCGGACGCCACCUCGCUGGCCAAGCUGCAGAGGUACAACUCGUACGACAUAAGCAAGGACACGCUCUACGUCUCCAAGUGCGUCUGUCUCAUCACCCCGCUGCCCUUCAUGCAGCCCUGCAAGAAGUUCCUGACGCAGCUCUACAAGGCGGUGACGUCGCCGCAGCCUCCUCCGUUGCCCCUGGAAAGCUAUAUCCAUAACGUGCUGUACGAGGUGCCCCUUCCGGCCCCCGGGAGGUCGCUGAGGUUUUACGGCGUGUACGAGCCCAUUGUCUGCCAAAGGCCCGGCCCCGGCGAGUUGCCCCUUUCCGAUUACCCCCUGCGCGAGGCUUUCGAGCUGCUGGGAUUGGAGAACUUGGUGCAGCUUUUCACGUGCGUCCUCCUGGAGAUGCAGAUCCUGCUCUACUCUCAGGAUUACCAGCGUCUGAUGACCGUGGCGGAGGGCGUCACGUCUCUGCUUUUCCCGUUCCAGUGGCAGCACGUGUACGUCCCGAUCCUGCCUGCCUCCCUCCUGCACUUCCUCGAUGCCCCCGUUCCCUACCUGAUGGGACUCCAGUCCAAAGAAGGGACGGAUCGCUCCAAACUGGAGCUGCCGCAGGAGGCCAACCUGUGCUUCGUGGACAUCGAUAACCACUUUAUUGAGCUCCCUGAGGAAUUCCCGCAGUUCCCCAACAAAUUGGAGUUCAUCCAGGAAAUCUCCGAGGUUCUCCUCCAGUAUGGAAUCCCCCCCGAGGGCAACCUGCACUGCAGCGAGAGCGCCACCAAGCUGAAGAGCCUCGUAUUGGAUGACCUGGUCAACGACAAGAAGAACGGCAACAUCUCCAGCAAUAACAUCAACAUGUACGAGCUUCUUAAGGGGAACGAGACCAUCGCCCGCCUCCAGGCCCUCACCAAGAGGACGGGAAUAACGGUGGAGAAGAUCACCCUCAGCCCGCCUCCGGUGGACACGGAGGAGGAACAGAGGCUGCAGUGCGCAGAAAACGAACUCAAGGAUUAUAAGCUGAACGUUCAGGUGCGGGAAGUCUUCGCCAACCGCUUUACCCAGAUGUUCGCCGAUUACGAAGCGUUCGUCAUCCAGGCCGCCCAUGACAUGGAGUCGUGGCUCACGAACCGGGAACAGAUGCAGAACUUUGACAAAGCUUCUUUCCUGUCUGACCAGCCCGAGCCGUACCUCCCGUUCCUCUCCCGCUUCAUAGAAACCCAGAUGUUCGCCACCUUUAUAGAUAAUAAGAUCAUGUCGCUGUGGGAGGAGAAGGAGCCCCUGCUGCGCGUCUUCGACUCCAGGAUUGAGAAGAUGAGACUGUAUAACGUGAGGGCCCCCGCCAUCCGCACGUCUAUCUACCAGAAAUGCUCCACCUUGAAGGAGGCCGCUCAGUCGGUGGAGCAGCGCCUGACGAAGAUCGAUCACACCGCCAUCCACCCGCAUUUACUCGACAUGAAGAUCGGUCAGGGGAGAUACGAGCAAGGCUUCUUUCCAAAGCUCCAGUCCGACGUGCUGAUGGCUGGCCCCGCGAACAACAAUCGGUGGGUCAGCCGGAGCGCGACGGCUCAGAGGAGGAAAGAUCGCUUGCGGCAGCACUCGGAGCACCUGGGAUUGGACAACGACCUGAGGGAGCCGUCCGAGGAGAUUGUGAUCCGGCAGAACUCUAUGGCGUUCUGGGAAUGGGAUCAGGGCUGCCCCCCUCCAGCACGGCCUCCCAAAAAAUCCUUCUCUGAGUGUUGCUUGAAAUAUAUACAAGAAGCAAGGAGUCUGGGCAAGACGCUGAGGCAGCCCAAGUUGUCUGAUCUGUCCCCGGCAGUAAUCGCUCAGACUAAUCGGAAGUUUGUCGAAGGAUUGCUGAAGGAAUGUCGCAUGAAGACCAAACGAAUGUUGGUUGAAAAAAUGGGCCACGAAGCAGUGGAGUUGGGUCACGGAGAAGCCAAUAUAACCGGGUUAGAAGAAAACACUUUGAUUGCAAGCCUUUGCGACCUGCUAGAGAGAAUCUGGAGCCAUGGUCUGCAAGUCAAGCAGGGAAAGUCUGCUCUUUGGUCCCAUCUGCUUCAUUUCCAGGACAGAGAAGAGAAGCAGGAACAUCUCGCCGAAUCACCAGCGUCUCUUGGACCAGAAAGAAGGAAAUCCGAUACAGGGGUAACCCUACCUUCCCUGCGCAUUUCACUUACUCAGGACAUGAGGCACAUCCAGAAUUUGAGUGAGAUCAAGACGGACGUGGGGAGAGCGAGGGGCUGGAUUCGGCUGUCUCUUGAAAAGAAGCUCCUGUCUCAGCACCUUAAACAGCUUCUGGCCAAUCAGGCUCUCACAAAGAAGCUGUACAAGCGCUACGCGUUCCUGCGUUGCGAGGAGGAGAAGGAGCAGUUCCUCUACCAUCUCCUUUCACUGAACGCCGUCGACUACUUCUGCUUCACCAGCGUUUUCACCACCAUAAUGAUUCCGUACAGAGCGGUGAUCAUCCCUAUUAAAAAGCUAAGCAACACAAUCACCACCUCCAACCCGUGGGUCUGCGUGUCGGGGGAGCUCGGGGACACCGGCGUCAUGCAAAUUCCCAAAAACCUCCUAGAAAUGACCUUCGAGUGUCAAAAUCUGGGCAAACUGACCACUGUGCAGCUGGGCCACGAUAACUCUGGGCUUUUGGCUAAGUGGCUGGUGGACUGCGUCAUGAUCCGGAAUGAAAUCACGGGGCAUACGUACAAGUUCCCUUGCGGCCGCUGGCUCGGGAAAGGUGUGGGUGAUGGGAGCCUCGAGAGAAUUCUUAUUGGGGAGCUGAUAACCCCGGUGUCCGAUGAGGACCUCGGGAAGCAAAGCCGCACUCCCCCCCAGCAGAAAUCUCCUACCAUGGGCCGUCGGCUGAGCAUCACCUCCCUCACGGGGAGGAAUAACAAACCCAACGCCGGGCAGAUCCAGGAAGGAAUCGGAGAAGCCGUGAAUAACAUCGUGAAGCAUUUCCACAAACCGGAGAAGGAGAGAGGCAGUUUAACCAUCCUGCUGUGCGGCGAGAGCGGCUUGGUGUCGGCCCUCGAGCAGGUCUUUCAUCACGGAUUUAAGACUGCCCGGAUUUUCCACAAGAGCAUCUUCAUCUGGGAUUUCAUAGAAAAGGCCGUGGCGUAUUUUGAAACCACCGAUCAAGUUGGGGAUAGCGAAGAAGACCAGCUCCUCCAGAGAUCGUCCUACAAAACCUUCUGCCACUACGUCAACUCCAUCGUCACGGCCCCCCGGAACAUCGGGAAAGACGGCAAACUUCAGCUUUUGGUCUGCCUGGGAGCCCGGGACCAUUUACUGUCGCAGUGGAUUUCUCUGCUUGCCGAAUGCCCGGCCAUUACCAGGAUGUACGAGGAGAAUGCCCUCCUCAGAGACCCGAUGAUGGUCGACUCGCUGGUCCGGGUGCUCCAGACUCUGCAGGAUUUCAAUAUCGUUCUGGAGGGCUCCCUCACUAAAGGAGUGGACGUUUAGACUCGCUUCCGGAAGACUCUGCCUCCCCCCGCUCCUCGGCUGCGGGGUCCUCCUAACGUAACCCGGUACACCGGACUCUGUAUGAAACCACAUCAUGGGGGGGCGUCUUGGGCAGAGGGUCCUGCCAGCUGGCGGCCCCUCUACUCGGGCCUAGUAUUUACUACGAUAGAGUAUUUUCCUGUGUUGUGUAAAAACUACUGUAUUUUUUUUUUUUUUUUCUUGCUUACGGAGAUUUAACCCUCUAGUGAAUGAACCCUUCGAUUUCCAGGAGCGUGGUUACUCGCACUUUCUGGCUCCUUAAGGGUUACACGCCUGUGGUUUUUUGUUUUUUUAUAUAAAUAAGGUGGGGAAAUAUCCUAAAGUUUUGCUUAAAAAUUCUGAGCCACGUACACUUUUUUUUUUUCGUCAACAAAAAAAAAAAAACUAAAACUUGAUGUAAAUACCUGAGAAAACUGGAAUCUCUAUUUUCCUAAGUUAUAUAAAUAUCUAUAAAUAUCUAUAUAUAGCAAGACGCCACAGCAAGUAUUACGAUGUCGCGAGUCACGUGACCUAUCGGAUUUCUGUAACAGUGUUAACUCCCGAAUGGAUUGCGGAAAGCGGAAUUUUUUUAUUUUUUUCCCACAAAAAAUUUUGUUUCUUGCCUGUGUAUAAU